UGUCCCACUGUUAUUAUCUUCCGGCUCCAACAAAAUGAGCUGACAACGGAUGUUAUGAAAUGGGAAUAAGGCCGGGCAGGACAUAGAUUGAUUACAAGCUUAUGGACUUUAUUUCAUACUAUGUUUUGUAUGGUAACAGAAUAGUUUGAGUAUGCUGGGCCAGAUUUUAUGUCGCGGUACAGCAGCGGCCGUCGCUGCGAGGAGGAUGCGGAAUAUUUUGGGUUCUGUCCUGGGUAGAGACGGCUGGAGGUGGAGAACACAUGAGGUCAAACUUCUCAACACAUCCUCAGGUGACACAGUAACGAUCGGCGAGAUCUCUUACAAACUCAAAACUCCGCAGAAUCCAGAACUUGUUCCUGUCAAACACAUUUCAGAUUCCCUGCCUCAGACAGUGGCUCAACAUCUACGAUGGAUUAUGCAGAAAGAUGUUUUGGGCCAGGAUGUGUUUCUCAUUGGUCCCCCAGGACCCCUAAGACGAUCCAUAGCGAUGCAGUACCUUGAGUUGACCAAACGGGAGGUGGAGUAUGUAGCUCUGUCUAGGGACACCACAGAGACUGACCUAAAACAGAGGAGAGAGAUUCGCUCAGGGACGGCCUUCUACAUAGACCAGUGUGCUGUAAGGGCAGCAACACAAGGUCGAGUCCUGGUCCUGGAGGGGCUGGAGAAGGCAGAGAGAAAUGUUCUGCCUGUGCUUAACAACCUCCUGGAAAACAGAGAGAUGCAGCUGGAGGACGGACGCUUCCUCAUGUCAGCUGAGCGUUACGACAAGCUGCUGCAGGAGCACACCAAAGAGGAGCUGGACAGCUGGAAGAUUGUCCGUGUAAGUGAGGACUUUCGGGUCAUCGCUCUUGGUCUUCCUGUUCCCAAAUACAAGGGCAACCCACUGGAUCCUCCUCUCCGCUCACGCUUCCAGGCCAGAGACAUCUAUUACCUACCGUUCAAGGACCAGUUGGAGCUAUUGUACACAGCAGGACCAAACGUUGGUGCAGAGAGGGUGUCCCAGCUGCUGUCACUAGCCACCACACUGUGCUCCCAGGAGUCAUCCAAUCUGGGCCUUCCUGACUUCCCUGUGGACAACCUGCUUCCUGCCCUCCACGUGCUGAAUGCCUUCCCCAUGCUGUCCUCUCAGCACUUAGUCCAGAGACUUUAUCCCUACAACAGUAUUUUGGGCAAGGAUGGGCGCACAGCUGUUGAGGGUGUACUCAGUAGAUUUGAGCUUUUGGAUGGUGCCAGUCAGCCAGCACCCAGCGCCAUCAUGGGUGUGUCUGUGACAAGGGAGCUUGAGGGUCGUGCAGAUGUCACAUUACGUGUCGCAGACAAGGACGUCACCUUUCAGGUCCCAGCGGGGACCAAAGAGCCACGUCCACCCAACAGUAGCCCCAACUUCAUCAGUACACCAAGCCACGCCCAGCUGUUGUCUGAGAUGAUGCAAUCACACAUGGUUAAGGACAUAUGUCUGAUAGGAGCCAAGGGUUGUGGAAAGUCAGUGCUCGCCCGAGAGUUUGCUGAGAUGCUGGGUUACAGCAUUGAGCCGGUCAUGCUCUACCAGGACAUGACAGCCAGGGACCUUCUCCAGCAGAGGUACACCCUCUCCAACGGAGACACAGCGUGGAGGCCAUCUCCACUGGUCACUGCUGCCAUUGAGGGCAAGCUGCUGCUUCUGGACGGUAUACACAGGGUCAACCUGGGAACCCUGGCUGUGCUGUCCAGGUUACUCCAUGACAGGGAGCUGGAUCUGUACGAUGGGACCAGGCUGCUGAGGUGGGACAGAUACCAGACACUAAAGGAACAACUGCAGUUCAGUGACGAGCAACUACAAGAGAGGUCAAUCUUCCCCAUCCACCCGUCGUUCAGGGUGCUGGCCCUGGCGGAGCCCCCUGUUGUUGGUGCCAGUACAAGCAGCAGCAGCAACAGCAGAGGCCAGCAGUGGCUGGGCCCAGAGCUGCUCACCAUGUUCCUCUAUCACACUGUCACCCCACUGGCCAAAGGAGAGGAGAUGGGCCUCAUACAGGGACUGACUCCUAAUGUUCCAAUGGAGGCAGCAGAGCAGCUAUUGCAUCUCACACACAGUCUCCGCAAGACAAACGACCCCACAGCACAGUCUCUGGCCUCUUCUCUCUCCACCAGACAGCUCUUGAGGAUCUGUCGCCGUCUCUCUCAGUACCCCAAGGAAAGCAUCGCUCAUGCUGUCAAUAAGGCUUGUCUCUCUAGGUUCUUGCCCAGCCUUGCUCGUGCCUCCCUUGAAAAAAGCCUUGCCAACUGCUCCAUACAGGACACACCAGAUCCUGCUGAACACACCCGUAAUCACAGCUGUAUGGUAAAGGAUGGUGUGUUGACUAUUGGCAACGUGUCUGCUCCCAUCUACAACCCCAAUGAGAAAAUGAAAGUUCCAGACGUGCUCUUUUAUGAUAAUCCUCAGCACAUGAUGGUGAUGGAGGACAUGCUGAAAGACUUUCUGUUAGGAGAGCACCUCCUUUUGGUGGGCAACCAGGGUGUGGGUAAGAAUAAGAUAGUGGACCGGUUCCUGCACCUUCUGAAUAGGCCCAGAGAAUACCUACAGCUCCACAGGGAUACGACUGUCCAGACUCUGACCCUGCAGCCCUCGGUGCGAGAUGGGAUCAUCACGUACGAGGACUCUCCUCUGGUUAAGGCAGUGAAGCUGGGUCACAUAUUAGUGAUCGACGAGGCCGACAAAGCUCCUACGAACGUCACCUGCAUCCUCAAAACCCUGGUGGAGAGUGGAGAGAUGAUUCUGGCCGACGGACGCAGAAUCAUAUCAGAUCCACGUGAAGCUAAGGGGAGGCCCAAUGUCAUAGUCAUGCAUCCAGACUUCAGGAUGCUUGUCUUGGCUAACAGACCUGGCUUUCCUUUCCUGGGCAAUGACUUUUUUGGAGCUCUAGGUGAUAUUUUUAGCUGCCAUGCAGUGGACAAUCCAAAGCCCCAGGCAGAGCUGGCAAUGCUGAAACAGUAUGGCCCAGACGUUCCCGAUGCUACUUUGCAGAAGCUGGUGGCUGCCUUUGGAGAGCUGAGGUCCAUGGCUGACCAGGGCACCAUCACCUACCCCUAUUCCACUCGAGAGGUGGUCAACAUCGUCAAACACCUCCAGAAAUUCCCUGGCGAGGGUUUAGCCAGUGUGGUGCGAAAUGUCUUCGACUUUGACUCAUACAACAAAGACAUGCGGGAGGUUCUGAUAGAGGCACUGCACAAGCAUGGGAUUCCCAUCGGAGCCAAGCCCAGCUCUGUCAAACUGGCUAAGGAGUUGCCCCUGCCAGAGGUUAAGAUGACAGGAUACUGGACAAUAAACCAAGGUGGUAACGCUCGCCGCAAACUGCUCUGUCCCACUGAGACACACUCCAUAGACAUCAAGGGCCCCGUGUUUCUGCGUGUUCAGGGUUACCCCUGCAACAGGCAGGAAAGCAGGGCUUUGAGUUUCAGUGAAGAGAAAGCCCACUGGCAGAUUCCCAUGAAUGAAGUCAACAUCAUCUGCGAUGUCACCACCAAAGAUGAUGUGUUGUAUGUGGCCACGUGUAACCCAGUGUCCCUGUACUCCAUGAAGGAGCGCGGGGAGACGAUCCAGUGCAUGGAGCUUUAUGACAUCUUCCCCAGGACCAUCAGUGGUGUCUGGCAGCCCUUUGUCACCAUUGCUCCCCUUGGGAGUCCUCUGGACGGACAGGUGGUGCUGCACGAGGAGCAGAGUAACACAGUGCUCCACUUGGACUUGGUAACAGGCGCGGUGCGGAGGCUCAUGUUGUCUCCAGACAGUGAGCAACCCACAACCAGAGCUUCACACUGGUGGAGCAAUAAGGAACAACAGGGAGGGCAUAAAAUGUGCAGUGACUUCGCUCACAAAAACUGGCUUCUCUUCUAUAAGGAGGAUGGCAACCAGCUGGAGGUGCUGGAUGUGUUGGAGGGCCGGGUUCACUCCAUCUCCCUUCCCAUCAACCUGAGGUCCGUCUUCCUCGUGGCAGAGGACCGCUGGCUUCUGCUAGAGAGCAACACCAACAAGAAGUUCCUGCUGACCAAGCCCAUGCAUAUGGCAGCUGAAGACUCUGGAGUGUGUCAGCUCCACAGCAUCAGUGAGGACUCAGUCAGCUCAGGCCAUGGAGUCAGCUCAGCUGAGGUGUCUGUACCCCAGAUGGUGUCAUGUGAGCAGCUACCCAAUGAGAACCUCAGUGCCGCUCUGGACCAGAAGAUUGUUUCACCUAACCGCAUACUGGCUGACACUGGCUCCUUUGCACGGGUUGUUGUUGGCUUCCCAGACCUCAUGUCCCCUAAUGAGGUGUACAGCUUUAAGAGGCCUGUUGACCUAUCAGUGAUGAAAAGCAGUGAGAGCGGGGCUCACAUGUUCCUUAGAGGUGGGCUUCGGUCUAGCACAGCCAAACAGGAGAACUGUGUCAGUCUGCUCUCAGCCAAUCAGGUAGUCCGAGCCCUUCCACCCAGCAAGGUGCCUCUGAAAGAGGUCUACCCCAAAGAUGUCACACCUCCAAUGACAGCGGCGUACCUGGAGGUGACUGAUCUGAGCUCCAAAAAAGUAAAAUACAUUCCUGUCCCAAGGUCAAUGACUGUGUCGCCCUACACCAGCUGGUUGUCCAAGGUGUCCGAGUCCGAUGUGCUAAUAGCUCCCCUCGGUUCUGGAGGUGUGGUAACAGUGGAUAUGGGUGGCUACGUCCGACUGUGGGAGACAGGAUUGGACACCCUGCAGCGAUCGCUGAUGGAGUGGAGAAAUAUGAUUGGGACAGAGGAUGGCAGGCCCUUACAGAUAACCAUUCAGAGGGACAGUGGCCUGGAUGUCACAGCCCCAAAACAUGGCAAGAUUGACCCCAACAAUGCUCCUCAUGUUGGGGGAAACCAGUGGGCAGGAGGCACAGGUGGCAGAGACACGGCGGGUCUGGGUGGCAAAGGGGGACCCUAUCGCCUGGAUGCAGGACAUAAGGUCUACCAGGUAUCCCAGGCAGAGAAGGAUGCAGUUCCAGAAGAGGUUCGUAGAGCAGCCCGUGAAAUGGCUGAAAAGGCCUUCAGAGAAAGGCUGAAGGAGAUCGAUAUGAGCGAAUACGAUGCUGCCACGUACGAGCGUUUCUCCUCUGCUGUCAGCAGACAAGUUCAGUCUCUACGGAUCAUCCUGGACAGUCUACAGGCUAAAGGGAAGGAGCGACAGUGGUUGAAGAACCAGGCUCUGGGAGAACUGGAUGAUGCUAAGAUCAUUGAUGGGCUGACUGGAGAGAAGGCUAUAUAUAAACGCAGAGGAGAGCUGGAUCCAGAGCUGGGCAGCCCUCAGCAGAAGCCCAAGCGUUUACGGGUGCUGGCCGACGUGUCAGGCAGCAUGUACCGCUUCAACGGCGUGGACGGCAGGCUGGAGCGCUCCAUGGAGGCUGUGUGUAUGGUCAUGGAGGCUCUUGAGAACUAUGAGCACAAGUUCAAGUAUGACAUAGUGGGUCACUCAGGUGACGGCUAUGACAUUGAGCUGGUCAGAGCAGACAAAGUCCCCAAGAACAACAAACAGAGACUCAAAGUCCUCAAGACCAUGCAUGCCCACGCUCAGUUCUGCAUGAGUGGCGACUACACCCUGGAGGGCACAGAGACCAGCAUCAAGGAGCUGGCACGAGAGGAGGCUGACGAGCACUUUGUGGUAGUGCUCAGUGAUGCCAACCUGGAGCGCUACGGCAUCCGGCCUGAGCACUUCGCCCACGUCCUGACCUCUGACCCGCAGGUCAACGCCUUCGCCAUCUUCAUCGGGUCCCUUGGUGAUCAGGCUGAAAGACUCCAAAAGACCCUUCCAGCAGGAAGAUCCUUCGUUGCCAUGGACACUAAGCAGAUCCCCCAAAUACUGCAGCAGAUCUUCACAUCUACAAUGCUGUCCAGUGCCUGAGACUGACACAAACACACGCAAGCACUCACACUCACUCCUGAUCUCACACAAUCAAAAACUCUAGAUUAAACUAAUUUUGGCCGAGUGACUUAUCACAGUGUGUCCUUAAGCAACUUUCUGUAUCAGAUUAUAAAACUUUAUCUGAGCUGUAUCAGGUCUUGAGACUUGCCUUUGUACAGGCCCUGAAGGGAAAACACAGUUAUUAUUUUACAGAAGCCCUGAGUCAGUCUGUAAAAUCUGAUGGUGUUGUGUUAGCGUGACAGUCAAAGAAUGUUUUGCUGCUUUGUAGUGUCCCUCAGGGAACAGAUACUGUACAGCGUGGCCAGUAAGAAGCCUGUGAUCUUGUGCAGUGUGACUGUACUCUACCGUGAAAUGACACACACUGCAGUGGUAAAUACAGUGGAAGUAUGAAUGCCUGAAGCCUGUCUCAGACCCCAUGUUUGGAUCAAACACUCAGCCUAACCUGUUGUUGUUUUUAAUUGUGUUUUUGGCCGACAGCGCACUGACGCACACGCAUACGUCUUCGUCCUGUUUUGGGUUGUGAACAACUUUUCUUGGAGGAGAGGGUCGUGAACUUGAAACAGCCUCACUUAUUUUGGACUUCCUCCUCAUUUAUCAUCUGUCACACAGAAAAACGCACAGGAAGGGCAACACCAGCGCGCCACCUGACUGACACUUGGAUGUGGCGUGCAGCAAUAACUUGGCUCCUAUGGAAUGCUGGGACUGUGACCAGGGAAUUUCCCACCUGACUGCACACGCUCUUUAAAGGCAGCCGCCAUUGCACAACCCCCUGUCGUGUGUGUCUGUGUGUGUGUAUACGUGUUCUCAGAUCGCCUUUCAUUGCUAGACCUCCCACUCCUCUUUCUGUCUCAAACACACAAACACCUCUGCCACUGCAAGGCAAAUUAGUAGCAGAAUCUAUGACUUAGUGUGUCAGUGUGGGUUCAGUUGUGUAUGAUCAGAGAUUAAGUGUACACAGACCAGAGAGUCUACUUCAGCUCAGUAGUGCUUUAUUUUUCAGAUCCCAUAUUUUCCAGCUUCCUUUCCUUGACUUGUUGUUAUUAAACUGCUCAAGCCUCAAAAUAUCCUGGUAAUCUACAGCUAAAUACCAGCUCAUUUUUAGGAAAUUAUGAGGAAAAUAUAGGACCUGCCAUCAUUUCUGUUGUAUGUACCUCUGCUCUAAGACAUCAUGCUGCGCAGUCAGAUGAAAUCCCACUGUCUGUGCCAGCUUGUGGCCACGUGCAUCCAGCUCUGUAUCAGUUUUGCCCUUGGUUGUCCUACUCGGUGGCUCUGCUGGAGUGGAAGGAUCGAUAGCACAGCCUGCCUAACUGUCAGUCUCUAUUGAUCCGUCUCUGAUAGGGAUAAGGAUGCCUCUGUUUUUACUAACCCACUUUAAACUCCCUCUGAUCCCCUCUCUCGUUCUAGUUUCUGUGUAGACAUAAUGUUUGCUUGUUGAAUCUUCAUGUUUGGGUAUGUAGACAUUUAAAAUGUGCAUUGAAGCACUGUAAAAUAAUACUCAUUUUUAAUCUAUUUAGUGUUAUUUAAUUGUUUAUUGUUAUUCAUUUAUGUAAAAUAAAUUAUAAACGUAAUGUACAAAACUUUAAUAAAUCGUGUUAACUAUC